AUGAGGGGCAUUCGUCGCGUUCUCCCCACCACUCUCAUCCUCCCGCAUCUCUGCUCAGGACUCGCGACUGUAUCGGGCUCGCAAACCAACCAAUCAGAAGCCCUAUCAUCUCUAAACGUUCCACUCUUGCUCACUCCUGAGAUCCUUUCUCGAUCGGUCGACCUCGACGACAUUGAGGCGAGAGCGUGCUCCAACGGCUCGAAAAUGCACCAGUAUACACGGACGCCGCCACGCACGGCGUCCCCAGCAAACUCUCCGUGGACGAACCCUACAAGAACAAACAACUCGCGAGAUCCGGUUCAGAUGAAUCCGCCAGUGGACAAGGGCGCCGGAGACGGCGACGGCGACGAUGGCCUGCAAGCACAGCAACCUUCGUCCCAGAGCCGCGAUGUCAAAUCUAAAUUGAAUCAAAUCAUUCAGAACUUUCACACCAAAGCCGCUCUUAUCAUCUUACAGUCCCGGGUCCCCCUUCCACCUGCUCACGCUAAAGGAACUGAUACAGUCCGAGUGAAUAAAUGGUUUAACGUCGAACUUGAUGAGACCGAAGUUCUUCGCGAUGACUUGCGACCGUGGAAGACUUGCGACGCUGUCGAUCCUCGGCCCCCACCACUCUUUGUUGAAGUGUACCUUGACACGGCCGACCUGACAAACAACCAGAGUCUAGUGACCAUUGACGACCAGGGAAAGCGCUGGGAUGUGCUUGAAGCCCUCUCUGCGGAGAGCCCCACCGGUCGGCGAGCCACGCGAACUGAGAAUGGAACACAAGUGGUUCUCGAACAAUGGCAAAUUGAGCUUGGUCAGCCUACGGCAGAGGCACCGGCAGACUUGGCGUCCAUUCUGCCCGCCGUCUACAAGAAAAGUAUCGUUUUGUUUCGAUCUCUUUACACGUAUUCCAAGUUCCUUCCAGCAUGGAAAUUCUCCAAGCAUUUGGCAAAGCAGAGGACAAGCUUUGGCGCCCUAAGGCUCAGGUAUCGCAUCUUUAAUGGUGCCGCUUCGAGACCGACGCCCAAAGCCGACCCUUUGCGAACCGCUUUAUUUCCAGCGAAUGGACGAGUGACGGAGACCUUCUCAUUUGGGUCGACUGAUUCUCCCGCCGGUCCCUUUUCAAUACAAGUCACCUAUCGUACCAGCUGUGAAUUUCGAGUGGACGACUCGGAAGCCCUCCUCAGCUCCCAUUUCAUGGGUAUUGAUGAGCAUUUUUUCAAGCCCUCGUUGGGCGGAGCAGACGAACAGCCUGCUUACAUUGGUGGUGGUCGAGAAGUGGGCUCACUACCUCAGGCCAAGAGGGAUGCUGAUGAGAUGCCUGACCCUGGGCAGGCUUACGGGAGCCUAUCGACCUUUCAUCACAUCGGUGCGCCCUCUGGCUCAAGUCCUAUUUCCGCCUUGCGAGCGGCUAGGGAUCUUGCAGGCGGAGGCUCGCCCAGCUCAGUCGACCAACGCACCGCUACGCUAGCUAUGAGAUCGACACAUGGAUCAAAGGCAUCGUUGCGGUCGAUUGAUAGCGCUUCCGCCGCCGGACGCCGCCCAUCGGUUUCAUUCAUGCCAUUCAAGACACCAACCUUGUCCGCUUCCCCUUCAAAGGCAGACCCUGUGGUACCGCCGUCGCCGCGUGCAUCGGUUGGCAAAGCUGCCUCUGGUGUGAGUGCUCUCACGCAAGCCCGGAAUCGGUCAUCUUUGGGAGUCCUCCCUCAAACGGCUUUGCGAGCGGCUCCAAAUUCGAAUGAGUCUGCUAUAGCUUCAUCACCCUCUGCAUCACCUCGGCCCGCGCCAGUUGUACGGUAUAGCAGUAGCUUUAGCCAUCGCAGAGGACGAUUGUCAUCUGGCGGAAACAGCAAGGCCGAUGAUGACAAUACCAGUAGCGGCAAGACAAGCCUGGCUUCCUCACUAGCCCCUCCUGGCUCUGGUAUCUUGGCAGAAGGCGCUACAGGAAGCUUGAGCUCGAUUAAGACGGACGAUGAUAACAUUUCUGAUUUUUUGAAGAUGCUUGAUACGAAGAAGGAUCUCAAGAGCUUUCAGGGUCCGGUGGGACCAACUGCUGCCCUGUCACGAUUCCAGCGGAUGCGUGACUCGAACGCAGCGUUGUCUGAUUCCAUGUCUUCCUCGAUGCUCAUGCACCGAUCGUCGAGUUCUUCAAGCCGCCAACUGUACAGCGUUCCCGCCAUGAUAGCCGGAACCUCCAUCUCUACGGCAGCAUCAUCGCCUGGCAAACCCAUUUCACCCCACACGCCGCAUACACCCGCAAUCCCUUCACGACUUAGUGCGAAUAGCAUUGCGGACUAUCCGCCACCCCAUCGAAGUCGCACCGGUGGGAGACGGCGAAACACUCGCGAUGAAGACGACGAGGAUUCACGACGAGAAAGUAACAUAUCCGAGGAACUACCAAGCGGGAGAGGAUCGGGUGCUAUCCCCAUUCCCACCUCUCCACGACCUCAUCAUUCACAUAACCGUCGGUCCAGCUCCGUCGCACAUCAACGGCACGUCACGGCCGAGGAAGAAUCGGCCGAUCUUUUGCCAAUGAGCAUGCGUAGCGCCAGUUUAGGUGCGGAGGUGCCGCCUCUGAGCUUGAGUGCCUUGGUCAACCUGCAGGAGACCCCGGAUCCUGAUAUGCCUUCGGACGAUGGUCCGGUUCGACCGCUCCAACCGACUACGAGUUCAGAGUCACAAGCGAUACCCUCGUCGGUUGAAUCACCCGACGACGGCCUACCGUCUCAUCCUCGAAGUACCACCCUCAGUGGUCUGCAUUCCUCGUCCCGACAGCGCUAUGGCACUGGGAACCGAAGAUUGACUCCACCUCAAACUUCUGGUUCCUUUGAAAGGGGAACUGGUUCUAGCGCCUCUGACCGUCGAGGCGGGCGAUACAGCUUUACGCGGCCUGGAACUUUUGACGAGGACGAGCCACUUUUAUUUGCAAUGAGUGAUUUUGGCGGAGUCCAGUCGCGACGAAGCAUUGAAGAAGGCCGCAACGAAGCCCCGACAGAACGCGGAGGUUCCUCGGCGUCUAGUCGAAGAGGCAGCCGCCGUGGUCACUUGUGGGGUUAA